UCGGCCCAUCCUGAAGCGCUGUGCUUCUCAGUGAAGCGGCGGCUUCGCUUGGACUCCUUCCGCUCGGAAUGGCCUCCGACUCGGACCCGGAGGAGCUUUUCUACGACGCCCCCGAGGACGCCCUCGCCGCCGGACACCACCCUUCGCCGUCACCAACCAAAGUCGGACUGCCAGUACCGAAGGAGCUGACCAGUGGUCCACAACCAGCAGAGUGCAAGGCAAGAACAUCAGAAGCAAAGCAAGAUGACCCUAAAGAGAUAAUUGACAUUAUCAUAGAAGAAAGCCAGAAAGCAAAUCCUCUGGAGGACAAUCCUUUAGUCCCGGAUGGACAGGAAUUGACUAAUCCCUCAUCACAUGAAAAUACUUGGAUUUCUGGAGCAGACCUUCUCCAGCAUAUUCCUGAACUGUUGGUUGCAGAAGCGACAUUGCAAGGAGAUCAUGAAGUGCCAUCGAGUCAGGAUGUGGCCAACAGGACAGAAUCUGGGCCGGUCUUGCCGCCUCCUGUCAAUGACACACCGGAGCAUGGAGAAGGGGAAGGCUUAGUGGUGUCAUCUGAAAUCACAGGCGAGACCCAUGAACUGAAGGAAACCAAAGGCAAUGAGCCAGAAGAAGAAACUGAUAGCAUGGGAGCACCUGAUGGGAGGACAGCAGAUAUUUUGGACCAGACAGUAGCCUCAGCAGAUCUCUUGCCCACCAAAGAUUUCUCAGCCGGUGAGGAAAUGCCACCAGCCAAGCCCCCGCGGCAGCUCAGUGUUGAACCUGACAUUGUGGCCAGCACAAAAAAGGCCAUUCCUGCCCGACCUCCCCCUCCGGCAGGGGUCCCACCUCCCAGACCUCCGCCCCCCGCCCGACCUGCCCCACCGCCGAGGAAGAAAAAGAGCGAUCUAGAAAUCGAGAUGCAGAAAAUUCCUGGACUGGAAGUUUCCAGGGAGACUUUUCCCGGUGGCCUCUUAAGCCCCAACGUAUCUAUGGAAUCCAUGGCCAAAGUCUCCCAGCCUUCUUUGGAUCUGGCGAGCGCAACAAGCGGAGACAAAAUCGUCACUGCCCAAGAAAAUGGGAAGCCGGCGGAUGGACAGACAGUCACAAGCGAAGUGGUUGGACCUCAGAGACCCAGGUCUAAUUCUGGCAGAGAGCUCACAGACGAGGAAAUUUUGGCCAGUGUCAUGAUUAAGAACCUCGACACAGGAGAGGAGAUCCCCUUGAGUUUGGCUGAGGAGAAGCUACCCACCGGUAUCAACCCCCUGACGCUGCAUAUCAUGAGGCGGACGAAGGAAUAUGUCAGCAAUGAGGGGGCACAGUCAGAUGAUGAAGACAAGAUGCAGUCUCAGCAAAGCGACACAGACGGAGGGCGCUUAAAGCAGAAGACGACUCAGCUGAAAAAGUUCUUGGGCAAGUCCGUCAAGAGGGCGCGGCACCUAGCUGAAGAGUAUGGAGAACGAGCCGUGAAUAAAGUGAAGAGUGUUCGAGACGAAGUCUUUCAUACUGACCAAGAUGACCCCUCCUCAAGUGAUGAUGAAGGAAUGCCCUACACCCGGCCAGUGAAAUUCAAAGCAGCGCAUGGCUUCAAGGGGCCAUACGACUUUGAGCAAAUUAAAGUUGUUCAGGAUCUCAGUGGGGAGCACAUGGGUGCCGUGUGGACAAUGAAGUUCUCCCACUGUGGCCGGUUGCUCGCUUCAGCGGGUCAGGACAAUGUAGUGAGGAUUUGGGUGCUGAAGAAUGCUUUUGACUAUUUCAACAACAUGCGGAUGAAGUACAACACAGAAGGCCGGGUGUCCCCGUCUCCAUCUCAGGAGAGUCUGAAUUCUUCCAAGUCAGAUAAUGAUAUGGGGGUUUGCAGCGGGACCGACGAGGACCCAGACGAUAAAAACACACCAUUUCGUCAGCGGCCUUUUUGCAAAUACAAAGGGCACACAGCAGAUCUGCUUGACUUGUCCUGGUCGAAAAAUUACUUCCUGCUCUCUUCAUCCAUGGAUAAAACAGUCAGGCUCUGGCACAUAUCCAGGCGAGAGUGCCUCUGCUGUUUCCAGCACAUUGACUUUGUCACAGCUAUCGCCUUCCAUCCUAGGGAUGACAGAUAUUUUUUAAGUGGUUCGCUGGACGGAAAACUCAGACUCUGGAACAUUCCUGACAAAAAAGUGGCACUGUGGAAUGAAGUUGAUGGACAGACCAAGCUGAUCACGGCAGCAAACUUUUGUCAGAAUGGCAAAUACGCUGUGAUUGGUACAUAUGAUGGCCGGUGUAUCUUUUAUGACACAGAGCACUUGAAGUACCAUACGCAGAUACAUGUGCGGUCAACCAGAGGCCGGAAUCGAGUUGGAAGGAAGAUCACAGGAAUUGAGCCCUUGCCGGGGGAAAACAAGAUCCUCGUGACAUCAAACGACUCCCGGAUCCGGUUGUACGAUUUGCGGGACCUGUCUCUGUCGAUGAAAUACAAGGGCUACGUCAACAGCAGCAGUCAGAUCAAAGCCAGCUUCAGCCAUGACUUCACAUACAUUGUAAGCGGCUCAGAAGAUAAAUACGUUUACAUCUGGAGCACCUACCAUGACUUGAGCAAGUUCACGUCUGUGCGGAGGGACCGCAAUGACUUCUGGGAAGGUGUCAAAGCACACAAUGCAGUUGUCACAUCAGCCAUUUUUGCCCCAAAUCCCAGCUUGAUGGUAUCCUCAGAAACGUCAGAAAAGCAAGAGCCUGAAACCAAAAGCGAGGAUUCUGAAUCAGCAGAUCCCAUUCCUUCUGGAGCGCUGAAGACGGAUCACGCAGAAGUGCUCCUGUCGGCGGAUUUCACAGGCGCCAUCAAAGUCUUUAUUAACAAGAAGAAAACUCUCUCUUAAAAAUGAUGGGUAACUCAAGAUCCUCUCUGUAAUGGUACCCCGGUGUGAAUCAUGUGAAUACAGCGUUGGGAAAGCUGGCUUAUUCCUAAACUCUCAUUUCAGGGCUCCUCCAUUUGAGCUCCCCGAAGAGCGGCAUCUGAACUGUUAACUCCCCCCGGGCUUUUUAGAAUAGAAAGGGAAAUGCACAGUCCACAUUGCAAAAAAUGUCAUGUCAGAAUUCCUGCAAAUCAUUCUUUUGCUAAAUAAAUGUUGGCAUGCGCAGGAUUCUGCAUGAAAGAGGCAAUGAGAUAUUCUGUGCCCUUCUUUGCAAAGGGGGGGGGGGGAAGGUAUCGCCCUGCACCAAAUUGGGAGCCAAAUUGAAUUUAUUACGAUGCCGAAAACGAUGGGGAGGGGCUGGCAAGGGGAAAUAAUUUAUUAUUUUUAGUACUGCAAAGAUGCCGUGCCACUCUUAAGGGAGCAAAUCGCUCCAAUAAAACUGCUAUUUUGUUUUUUUUAAGGGGGGGGGUUGUUAACAGAGCUGAAUUUGUGACUGGAUCCCUUGGAUGUUUUGUGAGAUCCCUACACAGCGCUGUUCCCAGUCCUUUGCCUUGGAUGGAUUAGCUGCAACCAUGUCACAUGUUUUUAUAAUGUGGAGGGUUUUUAUUUUGGUAUUUUGCUGUCUUCUAAUUAUUGUGCACUCUAGAUUCCUUUCUUAAUAUAUAAUAUUUUCCCUCCUCCUCCUUUUUUUUUGCACAGUGGAGCACAAUAUUUCUAUGAAAGAGAUUCUCAUUCCUUAUCCAUGAGCACUGAGUUAUGCUCACCUUAAAAAAAGAAAGAUAUUAAGCUGCGUUAGGAACAAUUCUUAUGUUUUACAACAAUGUAAAAUAAACUGUUUACAUAUUUUUUUAAAGCAUUAUAGUUUAAAAUUUAGUUUUGGUUUUGUCCUCUCUCUCUCUCCCUCUGUUUUGUUUAGAGCUAACCGAAAUUUGUAAAUAUUCGUAAAAAUUAUACCAAUGAAAUAACAUUUGCGGGGGCCUGAAACCCACCAAGUGUUGUUGAUGGUUUCUGUUUCAAAAGACAAAAGAUGUAUCAUUAAAAAUGGGUCAUUGAAAGAAA